AACAAUCAAUAAUGGCUCCAAUUUUGGUGACAGUGGAGAUCGAGUGCGUCAGCGAGUCAAGAAGGCCACUUGGUAAACGCAGAAGAGUAACAGUAAAGAAGAGAAAUUAAGCCAAAACGAAACAGGAGAAGAGAUCAGCAGUUACAAGCAAUUUCCUUUUCGGCUCCCGAAAGCUUUUCAAUUCAGUGCCUUCACGCCUCGUGAACCCUUUCUUGAAUUAAAUAAGGGAAUCUACUUGCCGGCGAACACGACGACAUCCGGAGAACAAGACCGCCACCACCGCCGUGAGCAUUCCCGAUGGGCGGCUUGGAUAACCUCACGGCUGAAGACAACGCACGCACAGCAAGAACAGCAAGAGGAGCAACAGAGGACGAGAAGAUGGAGAACCAAGCGGUGCCCGCCGGAGAAGUUAUGAGAGGAGGAGAGGUAGUGGUGGAUUCAGUACAGAGAGACACAACGGUGUCCAGGUUGCGCGCACAGCUUCAAGUUCCCCCAAUCCAAGUCGUUUCCCAUGACGCCGCCGCUCCUCCGCCUGUCACUCCUCCCUUUCCCCAGCCCGUGCAAACCCCUCCUCUGCAGACCUCAAUCGCUUCAUUGAACUCGAGGAAGUACACCAACCGCAUCACCUUCUUAAUCUUCCUCCUCCACCUCGCUAUAGCAGUGGCGGCAGCCGGUUUCUUCAGUUUCAAGGCCGUGCAGGGUGUUCUUGAACAUGAGACCGGCAAAUCGCGGAGGGAGCGUCGGGCGCUCAAGUUCUGGCUCCCUCCCAUCGAGGGAGCCUCCUUGCUCGGUAUCAUCCUAGCCUUCGUGUGGCAGACGUCGUUCCGAGCCUGGCCGGUCUUCAUGGUCAGCUUCGCCCUCUGGGCAUGUUUCCUCAUCACCAUGGCCGCCGGUAUCCUCCUGCUUUGCUUCUCGAUGCCGGACACCGACGUCGGCGGCGUCUUCCUUCUUCUCUUUUCCAUCGGCACCGGUAUCUACGCUUGCUGGGUCCCUCGCCGCGCCACCUUCUCCGGCCGCGUCUUCGCCAAAUCCCUCCAACCCGUUCAAAAAUUCCCCGGCGUCAACGGCCCUGCCUACCUCAUGAUGGGACUCGGCUUCCUGUGGAUCUCGCUCUGGUGCUUCGCGGUGAUCGGCGCCCUCGAGUUCUACUAUCCGCCGCUCACAAUUUUCGCCCUUGUGCUGAGCCUCAUGUGGACGGCGGAGGUGUUGCGCAACGUGGCUAAUCUAACAGUUAGCCGCGUAAUCGCGCUCUACUACCUGAGAGGUAUGCAGUGCAACAUCCAGUUCUCCUUCCAGCGAGCGGCAUCAAUAAAUCUCGGCAGCGCAUGCCUCGGCUCCCUCUUCGUCCCCACUAUCGAGGCUCUCCGCAUCAUCGCCCGCGGCCUUAACCUCCUCGAAGGCGAAGACGAAUUCCUCUUCUCCUGCGCCCACUGCUGCCUCCGCGUCAUGGAGUCCAUUUUCCGCUACGGCAACAGCUGGGCGUUCGUCCAUAUUGCGGCGUACGGGAAAGGGUUCGUUGCGGCAUCGCAGAGCACGUGGGGGCUUUUCAACAGGCAGGGGAUGGAGGAGCUGGUGGAUUCCGACAUAACCAGCUCGAUCUGCUUCUUGACGGGCGUAUCAAGCGGGGCGCUCUGCGUCAUCUUCUCGGCGUCGUGGACCUUCUGGACGCACCGGCGCUAUACCAUGACAGUCUCGCUUGUAGCCUUCUUCGUGGGCUAUCUCAUGACCCGUAUAGGCAUGGCGCUGCCCCAAGCCUGCGUGGCGUGCUUCUACGUCUGCUACGCAGAGAACCCGGCAAGCCAGCUCUUUGACUCCACCAUACCAGAUCGCCUCGCCCAAAUCCGCUCGGCCAGCCGCGACGGCCUCGUCUCCACGCCGCGCUUUGUCCCCCGCCGCGUGCUUUCCAGGGCGUGAGCCGCCUAAGCUCGCUUUGACUGGGAAAUGGAAUGUGGUAGGCGUUCCUUUUCGAUGUUACCGUUGUCUCGCCAUUGGCUGCUACAGACCUAUGGUCGUCGGGGCGGGGCCCGCGACAGCUACGGUGAUGCAUUCAAAGCUCGGCCGGAAAAGGGCGACCGGGAAAGGUGAGAGAGAUCGCGCCACACGGCGACCAACGGUGCCAAACAACGCGGGGCCCAUUUAACUUUCUUUAAUGCAUUGUUUGGUUGUUUUGCAGUGGAGGCCCCAUGGGCUGUCCUAUCCCUCGUGCGAAUAUUCCGUGAGAGGAGCCGUGGGCCCACGCUAUAUGACUGUAUGCGUUUGGUCAUUGAGGAGAAAACUCUUUCGUGAAGGCGCCUCAGCUGCACGAAGGGGACUUUUUAUUUUCUUCAUCUAUUUAAUAUUUAAUUUGUAAAUAUCAUUUAAUAUUUAAUUUA